AUGGAACAGCUUACGUCUAACAAUGACAAGUUUCUCGAGAUCUCCAUGUCCGCAAACCAACACCUGGAACAAAUGCAUAGCCAACUGCCCAAUAUAUCGGAAGUGUUCGGUCAGACAGCCCUGUCAACGGACAUUACUACGCUUCAUGAGCAGCACGAGAGUGCAAAGAAUGGCAUGGCGAUUCGAUUUGAAGCUGCGAUGAAUUAUAACGCGGAAGAAGUGGCUUCCUUAUCUGAGAUGCAUGCUAACGAGAAGGCGGAACUGGUUGAAGCACUUGAGCGAGACCUUGAGAUAGCAGCCCAAAUUUUUCGCGAAAAGAGCGAGCAGAUGGAAGAGAGAUUCACUGAAACGGAGAAGAAAUAUCUAGAUGACCUUCAGAAACUUCGGCUGUUAUCGGAGUCUAAAAUGGAGGUGGUUCAAGAAUCCAAUCGUGCAGAGAAAGAGGAAAUGGAGCAGUCAGCCAAGGCUGCUUUAGAGGAACUUAAUACUAAAGCUCAGGCUGCACUGGACGAGGCUCGAUCCAGCUCACAAACAGCGUACACUGAUCUACAACAGCGUUCGCAAGCAGCAUAUUCCGCGCUCCAGCUGACGUCAGCUGAUGAACUUGCUGCUGUAAAGAAGGCUUUGACCACCGAAAUGCUGUCCCUCAAAGAAAACGCUGCAGCUACUUUUGCAGCGCUGGCGGACAGAUCAGAGCGACAACUUCAGGAGCAUCGCGAACGCAGCAAUGAAGCUCUCCAACAGCUUAAACGUUUACACGCAAGGGAACGCGACCAUUUACUCGAGAAGGCAGCAGAAGAAACUGCACGUCUUCGCAUGUUUGAGAUCGAGCAGUCCACUCGAAUGGAAGACCACCGGUGCCGGGAGACAAAGGCACUGAGCGAGGAGCUUGAAUCCACCAAGACAGAGCUUUCUAGCCAGAUAAACCAUCUACAUCGGCGAUAUACGUCUGAGCUCGAAGUUCUGAAAGCUACCUCCGGUGCUGAGAGGAAUUUGCUGUUGCAAGCGCAUGCUGAAGAGACAGAAGAUAUCUGUUCAGCUGCUGCUCAAGAGCUCUCAUGGACGCUAUCAUCAUAUCAAGACAAACUGGCCUCAAUGAUGGAAGCACAUGCAGCUGAAAUGACCAGAAACAAAGAGAAAACAGCGCUAGCGAGAGAGGCUUUGGUCACUAUGUAUGAAUCGGAUCUGGAAUUGCUGCAGAAUGAACGUGCACGAGAAAAGGACGCGCUGGUACGUCAUCACGAAACGGAAUUGAAAAGUCUCAAACGAUCGAGCACAGAGGAACACGACAAGACUGUAAAACUUUAUGAAGCGCAGGUAAUGCAACUACGAGAGGCUCACGCAUCGAGGGUGUUAUCCUUGGAGAUGACGAUGCGUGAACAGAAAACACAGGCGGAAGACGCAUUACGUGAGAAAGAGACAGAGCUAGAAACCAGACAAGAACGCAUCGAUGCGCUGGAAGCCAGUGGAGUCGCUCUGAAUGAACGUCACGAGGUAUAUUUUGAACAAUGCCUGGAACUCGUCGAGCGGAAGAACAUGGCUCUUGCUGAGUUGGAGAGUAACAUCUGGCGUCUCGACCAGUCGAAUCUGGAGAAGGAAGGUAUGCUGGACUCGACAAAUUGGGCCCUUAAAGCUGCGGAGGAAGGCGUCCAGGUUAAGGCAAAUACCAUCCUAGAGCUUACGUUUGUCGUCAAGAGCCGCGACGACGAGAUUGAAAAACUGCGGAAUGCUUUGUUGGACACAGUUCAAACCGUGAACUCGAAGACAGAGAUACUAGAGCUGACCACCGAGACGUUGUCAUCGAAGGCAAAGGAGCUGGAAGUUACGAAGAACGCGCUUCGGCUGGAGUCUGGUAAGUUGUCGAUGGCGAAGGAAUCUAUGAACCAAAAGGUGGAGAUGCUCGAAAACUCAGAGCUAAACUUGGAAAGGAUGCGGCUCAAUAUGGAGAAUAUGCGGCUAGAGAUUAAGCGGAUACAGAUGGAAAUGAAGCUGCAAUUGGAGCACACGGAGGGAGAGAUUGACCUGAAGAAUGGAGAGAUUCGUCGACUGCAUGGAACGAAAAGCGAGCUCAUACAGAAAAACGAUUACUGUCAACAAACUAUCGUGAGACUGGAGGAGUCGCUUGCGUUUGCUCAAAGACAAGGAGAAAAGACCCAGCGCCGUAUGGAGCUGCUACGAUUGGAGACCGCGCAAGCCUCAGACGAAACGAAGACAGUUUGUGAUGAAUUACUAGACAAGGAGCAAGAGUUGGUGAUCAUCACAAGAGAAAAGCAGACGAUUACGAUGGAAAAGCAGCGACUAGAGAUCCAGUUCAACGACCUCAGUCAAGUGAAUGAGACGCUUAAAGAGAAGGUGGAGCUCCACAGGAUGCAAGCGGAGGAGAUUCAUGCUCAGUACCAGAUAUUGUUGAAAGAAACAGUAGCCGCUAAUGAGGAGCGGUUGCGAUCUGAGAAGCAUCUUCAUCUGCUGAAGCUGUCUGUUGCAAAAGACACAAUUCGGCACCUGGAAGGAGUUGAAGGGCGGUUGGGCGACACCACAUCAAGAUUAGAGGCGGUAAUGAAGGGAAAUCUGCAUCUUCACGCCGAAAUCAAGAUGCUCACUGAAGCUUUGAAGAAUUACAAGGACACUGAUCGACAACUUGACGCUGCCAAUCAAGAGAUUAAGCAGAAAGACAAGCGCAUGGAAGACAAAAGCCAGCAACUAGAUGAUCUCAACAAACGACUGUGUAAGUCUGGAGAUGAAGCGCAGCAUCUCUUGGAUACGUCGCGGAUGGAGAUUGAAGAUUGGAUGAGCGAUUUCUAUCGGCUCGCGUGUAGUAAAGAUGAGAUAGUUCAACUGAAUCAAAGCCUCGAGUCGAGCCUUUCGGUGGAAAAUGAGCAGCUGUUGCUUUUACUUGGUCAAGAGAAGAGGGAAAUUGUGAGUCAAGCUGAGGAUCUUCAAGAAAGAAUUGCUGGGUUACGAAAAGAAGGCGCUCAAGCUGCGAGUAAUAUUAUUGGCUUGCAACAUGCCCUGAGUGAGAAGAAGAAGGAGUUGGAGUACUUGCAGGAAAUCUUAGGCAAGCAGACCACUGACAUACGGGAGAUCAAGGCUACUCUUAAAGCGCUAAGCAGCGCCCAUUUCGAUCUCCAGACGCAGUUUUCUUCUUCAAGCAAUCAACGACAAAAGGAGAAUGAAGAACACCAAAUCACAAUUCAGUCACUGCAACAGGAUCUCGAGAACAAAACGAAGCAGUGCGAAACAUUGCAGCAGUCUCUUGACAUCCAGCGACAGAAGAUCGAUCUUCCCAUGGUACAGCACGACAGAGAUGUCAUGCAGUUGACGGAUGGACAUUGCAGUGAAGCUGUGCAACUGAUCGAGAGCCACCGAGCCCAAAUUGCUCAGAUGACAGAAGAUUAUCUCGAUCAAAUUAACAAACUCAAGGAAGAACAUUUUAAGGUGACAGAAAAGCGACAACGUGAGAGCACCCGAUUGGCUGAUCAAGGGUCUGAACACCAAAGCGACAUUUCUCGAAUAACUGAAGAGCAUCAAAGCGAAAUUGCUCGUCUUAAAAAUGUUUAUCAGACUGAAAUUGACCGACUGGGCAGUAAUCUUUGCUACCACGUCUCGGAGCUCACAGUAGAUCGUCCGAGUCGAAUUGCUGAGCAAACUGAAGAGCAUCGCAUUGAAGUUGAUGGGCUCACAAGAGAUUACUUUAAGGAAGUGGAGGAGCCUCACCGAGUCAAAAUUACACAGAUAGCCCAAGACCAUGAUGAUGAAGUUGCAUGCCUGAACCGCUGCGAAAUGGCGCGUUUGGAUGAGGAUCACGGCAAAGACAUUGCUCGUUUUGUUGAAGAAUACCACGGUGCUGUUGUCCGAGUGGCAGAGGGCCAACAAGAACAGCAUCGUCAAACUGCCUCACUGCCCGAAGAGCACUCUUGGUUGGAGAUCAUGCACGAUGCGGAUGAGUGCAUUUCUAAUCGCGGCGCUGAAAUAGAAAAUCAGCAGCUGAAGAUUUUGAUAAGCCAUGCAGCAGAUGAACAGAUACGUGCAGCCUGUGCGCACUCCCUAGAGCUGAUGACAAUUCAUGUGGCACGUGGACAUGAGAUCGCGAAGCACGCAACGAAAAACAAGCCUGACAUGAGCAAACAGCCGACUGAAUCCUCUCGCCACUUAGUACUGGCGGACCACAAGAAGAUGGCGGACCAACUGGAGUUGAUGCGCUUGCGUCUCAUAGAAGAGGAAGAGCACAACGUAUCUCUAGCUAGGGCUGAGAAAGAGUCGAGCGAGACGUCUCUUGCUAAAAAAAAGGCUGCGGAUGCUGUGACGUCAUCGAAAACGAAGAUAAACGAACUACAGGUACAACUGCAAGCUACAAAAGGGAUCACACCUGAACGAGCGAUGACCAAUGCCUGCAACAAGAAGUUUGACAGGCGUGCGGGUGGAGAUUGCAGCUGCUUCAAUACUCAUCUUGCUGCCGAUUUCGUUGUGCGCUGUGAGGAUGUGCUACAACUACCAGAAGAUAACGGCACGUUGAUGCUUGAUGAUAUCGUGGAAUCUGUAGAGCCUUUUAUGGAAAUCCUGCAGCACUUUGAGCUGCUACAACCGAAGCUCGAUAGCCUUGGUCGGCCACCUACUGACACAGAUGCACCGCCUACGCUGAAGAACAAGGUGACUGCAGUGAUUACCUUCGUGGAAGAGCUGCAACUUCUGGCCGAUUUUGCACAGAAUAUUCUGAACGAUGAAAGCACAACCGAAGGAGACCCAGGAAGCAACGAAAGCAGCAGAUCCAGUCUCGAGGCGCUUUGUGUUUUGACACGAGCUCCAUCGCCUGCGCUAGCUUUUGACGAAUUGCAAAUUGGUGUUGACGUCGCAGUUGAUGACAGGAUGCAAGAACUUGAUCAAAACCUGUGCAGGGAAUCAACUGAAGAGGAUGAUAGACCGCAUGAGGCAUUUUUCGCCUCGCCUGACGAGAAAUUAUCAUCCAGUCCACGUUCGCCCUUCUUAUCAGACUCCCUAAUGGGCAUUUCACUCGUUAUGAGUGACUAUCAUCGUCUUUUGGCCCAAACUACUCGUUGGAUGGCCAAGUCAAGACAAAACGAGUCUCGCAGUCAUGCAGUUAGUUUGGGGACGGAGAUUAGUCGUCUAGUGCAGGAGCAUUGCGCACUAUUAUCGUUGUCUCGUCGACUCUUUCGACUGAAAGACCCGCGACGUGAGCUAGUUUCUCUCCUGGAAGGUGUGGCGCUUCUUCAAAGGAUGACUGGAAGACUGACAAUUUUUCAGAAAAACUCAGACAAAGUGACCUCUUGCUCUUCUGUUCCCAAUUCAAACCAUCAUUCGGAGUCGUCAACGUCGCUAAGUAAAGGUGACAAUGACUCAGUUGAGUCACUUUCGCGUCCUGUGCUAGCUUCGAUUGAAGAUAUAGCGCGGCAUCUUCAAGAUUACGACUAUUUUCUGCAGCAGAUCAAGCUGGACGAAGGCCUGGAGGGCCAGGAAAAGAAUAUAGCCACAUGGAUUAACAUCGAAUCACUUGUCCAGGAGAUAAAUGAGCGAGUGAUGAUUGUGGGGCAGAGUCAACAGCUGCUGGGAUUCCAAAGCCCACUUGAGGAGUUGCCGGUUUUCCUUGUAGGUGCUCAAGAAGUUCUUCGGCAGGCAAAGCAGAUACGCGAAUCGUCUGUGCGUUUGGAGAAGAACUCACUAAAACCGGGUGGACAGGUGCAGGAGGAAGUAGAAGCGACUGAUAAAGUUACAGAUACUUGCUCUGGUCUCGAAGCAGCGUUGAGAGAGAUGGAUGCGGUUAUUGAGGACUUACAGGACUACAAUGACUUGUUUGCAUGGUUGAAACAAGCUCUCCCACAGCCAGAAUCAGUAAAAUCCGUCGCCGAUUUAAAGGAUCGCGUGAAGGAAAUUCUAACGCAUAUCGAUGCACUCACAACUGACAACUUGUAUCUGGAGCAAGAUAAAGAACCCAUAAAGAGCGGGUUGGAGCAGAUGGAGGAAACGCAAGAUCAUCUCAUGAAAGAAGCGUCACAGGAAAGUGAACUACUGCGAGAACUAGCAGCUUUGGAGGCUCAGGCCUUACUGUCCCCUGUAGAAGAAGUGUCAACACGGAUUGAACUGAUUCAGGCAUUAAUCAAACAGCAGCAACGCGCAUGCGACGACGCCCAGCAACGGAGAGCCGACAUGAAAACGGAAGCAGCGUUCUUACGUCAGCACGAUCUUCUCUCCGAAGCGGAUGAUCCUGACAAGGACGUUGCCUUGUCGGUGGCCACUCGUCUUGAAAUUUACAGUCGACUGCUGCAAGAUGCAGAUCGCUUGCGAGCAAAGAAGACUGACGUGGAGGUGACGCUAAAGGCGGAGAGGAAUGUACUGGAGUCCUUGACGAGUCAAGAAACUCAAUGGAAUACGGAAAAACUAGAAAGUGUCGAGAGCGAAUUAGCACAAACUCGACAGGGAGUGGAGAAGGCGCUAGCUCAGGAGCGAGUUUUCUUGGGAUCGACAGAGGUCUUAUCGUCCAUUAUAAAGGUUAACCACGACGCCGAUGGGUCCUUUUCUCGCCUUGAAAUGUACCAGCAGCUUCACGACAAACUGUUGCUCUUACUUGACGACAGGCAAACGGUUGAAAAUUGUGCGGCACAAGAGUUCGAUUUCUUAAGAACGCACAAGUUACUUUCUCAUAAUAGCGAAGCUGCAAACGGUACCUCCGCACCAACAACUAAGGUGCUGUCUAGAAUUCGACUGGAAAUGUUCCAACGUCUCGUGAAUUCACUGGCACAGCUUCACCAGCACGAAGAGGAUCUCACCCAAGAGAACGAUUUCUUAAAAGAGAACAGCUUAGCAUUCGACCUCAAGGAACAUCAGAAAUCGCGGUUCUCUGUCUACCAGACACUUCUCGUAAGCCAAAACACUCUGAUCGAGGAAAAACUGGAGCGUGAAGUGGCAUUUGAGAGCGCGAAAGCGUUUCUUGCCUCCCAUGGAGUUCCUGCCUUUGAAAAACCGAUGGAAAUCUACGAGGCGUACGUAAAAGUACGGGAAAAACUUUCUGAUCUCAGUAUCGACCUGAAGAACGAAUUGCGCUUUCUAGCAGCGAAUCAACUUUGCUCCAGUAGCGAGUUGAGUAAUGACGCUGCUAAUCUCGCCACUCCGUUUGCUUCAUCGUUCCGACUGAAGGUCUAUCAAAAGAUGUUGAAGAAUGUAGCUCAAGCUCGUGAAUCGAUUCAAGAGGUGAGAGUGCAAUUAUCUCAAACAAUCACGGACGGCGAGUGUAAGAUUGCCUCGUUGGCAUCUAAAAUUGAGCGGCUGGAAGCGUCUUUGAUGGGGUGGCAGGAGUCCGCAUAUGCUUCCCAACAAGAAUGGGAUCGGAUGUUGCUGGAAGAAGAGGACAGGCGACGAAGUUUAAUCCGAUACCACGACGAUAUUCAGAAGCAGACGGCCGCUGAGCAUGUUCGUGUUUUGGAGGAGAUUACCACAGCUUGUGACAACGCGAUUGCACUCGCAGCAGCGACGAACGCAAAAGAUCUGGAAGAAGUUUCUAAGGGGUACGAGAAGCAAUUGGCGACUGACCUUCACAGGCAGGCGCAGCAGUUAGAACUCGCUGCGUACGUGCAUAAAACAGAGAACGCAGCUCGCCGCGAUACGUCGGACUCGUCUACACCGUCAACUUCAGCUGCGCAGAGUAGAGCUCAACUACUGGAGAAGUUUGCGAAGCGAGAUGCAACAGCAAUCAAUCUCGUUUACAAGGCGAUUCGGUUGACGACAGAGAUCCUUAGCGUACCAGGCAACACAGCCGAAGUAUCGACAGAUGUCACUCAAACAGUCUUAGCUUGCGUCAAGGAGCUGAAGGCGUUGAAAGAGUUCUUGGUGCAGUCGUUCGAGCAGAUCGCAAAGGACAUCCCUCCUCCUUUAACUACUGCUCCGUACGACAAAUGGAUGGGCGAUGCAGUUACACGAGCCACUGCCGACAAGGAAUAUGCCAUCGAUCUGGCACUCUGUUCACAUCGGGAGUUUAUGAGUUUUGCUGAAGUUCAGUUGCUCACUCGACAGGAGGAAAUGGAGAAGGCUCUUGCACAAGUGUACGAGAAACUCAGGACUGCAGCAAUCAAUGGAGGCUUCACCCCUGAUCACGAGAGAAUGUUAGCACUGGAAUUGGAAGUCACGCGGGAACGACAAGCUCAAGAAAUUGCGUCGUGUAAAUUCCGCCUCAAUGAAGAAUACUACCGGAAGUUACUUGAAGAAUGCAAACAAGUGGAGAUUGCACAGGCAGCCAAUGUGAAGAGUGUUCGGGAAGAAUGCAAGGCUUUGAGGCUAAAACUCGAGAAACUGGAGCAUCAGAUCCAACAGCAGACUAUACUUUCCCAAUUCCGACCGCCUUCGAGCAAUCUGUACUCUUCUUCCGCACGUGGCACAUAUGUGUCGCCCGAAACACCUCGUGUCCUGAAAACUACCGCAAUUUUUAAUAUCUCGAUGCCCAUGCGUCCGAAACGACCGAAAGGGGGUGGAAACGCUCACAAAGAGCAAAUCGUGAGUGAUCUCGAGCGAGAAACUGGCCAGCGACACACAACUACCGCUCGUCGUUUUAACGAAUGGAGAGCUCGUGCAGAGGGGAUUGCCGAGAACUCUGGCUCGGAACUUGAAGAGGAUUCUGGAGCUACGCAAGGUAGAAAAAUGGAUCAUGUGCUUCCACCUGCCACGGCUGUUCCUGCAACGGUGUCAGGUUCAUCGCUGCACAAUCAGGAACUCUGGUACCAAGGAGCUCGCUCGAUCCAUUACGUUUCCUUCUUUAUUUCCAUCUUCCUCGUCCCUAGACAACAGCUCUUCCGAGUGGAAGUAUUCAACAGCGACACGGAGCAACAGCAGCAGACCGUACAUAUUACCUGGACCGAGAUGCAGACGUUCCUUCAGGAUAGCAGAAAGGCAGCACGCUUAGGAAUCGCUCUAUGUCUGGACCCUGAGAUGGCCGUGACAAUCCCUCAAAAUGUGCGUGCAGACAUGAUGGACGUCCUCUUCGAGCGUGUGCGAGUCUACGGAGAAGGCACAGAAAAUUCUCUUCUUGGGUUUGAAUAA